AUGGACGGGCUUCAAUCAAGUAUAAAAAACAUUAAUUUGUAUGACAUUAAAGCAGCGGUUAGGAAAGCGCAAAAUGUGGUAAUGAAUUAUACUUCGACAGAAGCUAAAGUGCGUGAAGCCACAAAUAACGAACCCUGGGGUUCAAGUACGUCUUUGAUGAUGGAAAUUGCCCAAGGAACGCAUAACUAUUCUCAAUUGAAUGAAAUUAUGCCAAUGGUUUACCGCAGAUUCACCGAGAAGACAGCCGAAGAAUGGCGCCAAAUCUACAAAGCUCUUCAACUGUUGGAAUUUCUAGUAAAGAAUGGUUCUGAAAGAGUUAUCGACGAUGCUCGUGCCCAUCAGGCAACGAUUAAGAUGUUACGCAACUUUCAUUACAUCGACCGUUAUCAAAGAGACCAAGGAUUGAAUGUGAGAACUAGAGCAAAAGAAUUGGUUGAGCUGCUCAACGACAACGAUCGUAUACGCCAGGAGAGACGAAAGGCUCGACAAACUCGCGGUAAAUACUUCGGCGUAGGUAAUGACGCUGAUGCAAGAUUGUCUUCCGGAUCCCGCCCAAGGUACUCGGGUUUCGGAAGCUCUCCACAUGCUACUAGUUUUAGAAAUAAUCGCGUUUAUGGGGAUGGUGGCGGCUUUUCUGACUAUGGCAGUGGCCCUGGUUUCCAUGACUCGUCUUCCUAUAGCGAUACUCAUGAUCAUUCCGAGUACGACGAAUAUAAUGAAAACCAUGAUAGUGCUGGUCCUAGUGCACGUGCAUCUAGAUUGUCUCCACAUACUACAAGAAACUCCGAACCCAGUGCCACUCCAAUUUCUCCCCCUCCCAAGCAACAGCAACAGUCUGCCGUGGCUGAUCUUCUUGGACUCGAAGAGCCCGCCGCUCCUGCACCCGCUUCUUCAACCAUACCCACUUCCGCUAAUACUGCUAACAUUGGGGAUGAUGAUGGAUUUGGUGACUUUCAAACUUCCUCUGCUGUUUCAACUGCCGCUGCAGUUUCUGCAAAUGACGACGACGAUGCUUUUGACGAUUUUCAGAGUGCGCCCUCAGCUCCUUCCGCGUCUGGUGGAAUUGGAAAUAUGGCUUCUUUCAACUCUUUCUCUUCAUCUGCCGCCACCCCCUCAUUUGGAAACGUUGCUUCUUUAAACGUUAAUACUCCUACUGCCGUCGGUCUCUCACCUCAAAACUAUCCCUCAUCCACCCAAACUACUCAAUCAGCCAAGGUCGUGAAAGGUUCGGGCUCUGGUGGAGAUGCUUUCGGUAGUCUCUGGAGUUCAGCGGUAACCAAAGUGAAGCAUGAUGACCAUUCGAAAACGGGUACAAACUCCCCACCAGUCUCGAUGGUUCCUCCUGUCUCUACAUCGUCUAUUCCACCUACCUCUAAUCUUCUUUCCAGUGAUGAUAAUAAUCUCCUUUUGUGA